CCUGUCGAUAUUAGUCGAUAUCACUGGACCGUCACAUGAUUACAAACCUUAUCGUUGUGCGCGAAAAGAACGGCGAUCGCAACGAGAUUUAAUUAAUUUUCAAGCGUUCGCGUGAGCAGCGAAUGCAAUUGAAGUGAAUCCGAUUGCAGUUUGACGAACGAAUCCAUCGUUGAAGAUGAAGAUCUGCGGACCCAAGUACGCCUUGUGCGGUUUAGUGUUAUCUGUUUGGGGCAUAUUCCAACUGCUCCUCAUGGGAGUGUUCUUCUACGUACGGAGUGUAGCACUGGUGGAAGACCUUCCGCUGGAAGGAAAGAACAUCACAAACAUAAACACUUUCUACGAUUUAGUGGAGCGCGGCUACACGCAGAACGCUUACAACUGUUGGAUCGCCGCCUGCAUUUACGUUCUUACCUUUCUCUUCUCCGGACAUCAGUUCUAUCUUAAUUCUAGGUCGUCACUCAGUGUGUGAAACAAUAUUCAUUGGUAUUUAAAGAUAUUAAGAGCUAUUCUAUUUGUGUAACUCUGUAAAAAAGUUAGAAAAUUAUCAAAGAAGGUUUUAAAGUGCGAUCACACAUUGUAUUAUGUAUUUCUGUAUAGUGGCUCUUGCUGUUUUCAUUAAGUUGGUGCAAGUGUAAUAUCUUUCUGUAACAAAAUCAACUUCCAAAUAUUUAAAUAAGUGCAAAAUAGAUAUAUAUUGCGUUACA